CUCCAAGAUUCACAACAUUUCUUGAAAUUGAGGGAUUCGCUCCUGACUGGAGGCCUGUCGCAGGAGACUCUUGAUGUCAGAACAUGUGCACCGAUUGACAUGCACUUACUGACCUUUCCAGAUAUUGAUCUACGGGGCUGCUCAGGCGGACUCGCAAAAUGGUAAUCAGGAAAACUUCACUGCAACCGUUCCUGCCGAUAAGAUACAUGGGGAUGAUGCUGCUGGCUGUCAGGAACACGCAGAGGUGCAGUACCAGAACCCUGGCGAGUUCGACGACAAUGAGGAUGAGAAUGAGGAUGAAGAGGCUCUUCUAGACUCCCAUGGUAGCGAAGAAAAGGACGACUAUGAUAUGUCUUCUAGAAGCGCGGGAUCUUCUCCUGCCCCAAGCGCUCAACGCACUGUGAUGAUUCGGAAUCUUCCAGACCGGGUCACGCAUAGAGAAAUCGUUGCCGCAGUAAGAGGCGGAGCCUUGCUUCACAUUUAUCUACGAGCACGCGAGCACAUUGCGAGUGUGUCAUUCGUUGAAGAAUCCGCUGCUCGUGAUUUCUUGCUGCAUACCAAGACCUACGGUCUCUAUAUGGCUGGGAAGCGGGUGGAAGUGGGGUGGAAUGACCGACAGUUCUAUCUUCCUCCAUAUGUUAGGGUGAAGAUCAACAAUGGAGCAUCGCGGAAUCUAGUCAUCUACAAUGUACAGCCCAACGUCACCGAGUGGGUCAUCCGGAAAGAUCUGGAGCAUAUCCACAACUUAAUUGUAAUCGCGGUGAAAUUCAAGAACGGCAAUGCCUACAUCUCCACCAAUUCGGUACAUAAUGCACUCUUUGCACGCUCCUGCAUGAUGUCUCGGUUCAUGUAUAAGGGGAUGAAAAUUGGGUUUUAUGCCGACGAGUGUAUGGAGUCUCCGGCGAAGAUUGCCAAGAAGGAGCCACAAGUACCAUCCAAGAAAACCACUUCGGUGCCCAAUCGCUUUCAACUUCUGUCUCUAGAUGGGGUCGAGGAUGAUGAGGAUCACAGCAGCCAUGAUGGGCUGAGGAUGAAUACUGGGAUGCGAUGGGCAGACAACAGCGUUUCCGCCUGAAUGGGUUUCUCUCACUUCCUUUUGUACUUUUUCGGUGCGCCAUUCUUGCGUUCGUUCAUUUGUUCAACUGUGGGUUACUAUGGGACCUGAGCGAGGCUAGGCCUUUGGCAAAUUGCUACAAUGAUGCGUUAAUUGAAUACGGCACAUCUCGACGAGCCUGUCCAGAACGCUGAUAGGGUGGGGGCUUGGUGCAUGAUCGUGCAUGGGAACGGUACGAUCUACGGAGAACGGCUAGACUGCUUGCCAGAAAUGCUACCGGCAUACCAGCGUUCAACUUGAUAUCAUCUGCAGUGAUGUAUCAAAUCGUAGAUACGCGAACCAAUGACAAAAAAAGAAAUUGGGUGAUAUUUGAGAUAGUCCAGGCCUAUACUAAUUCCAGCCUAAGACCGAGCCAGCA